GUAUAAAAAUAUAUAAAGUUUUUAAAUACGGCACAUUUAACGCGUUGUAUAUAUGUAUGAAAAACCUGUCCGGAGACCAAACCAUUAGGAGGAAGAAGCAGAUGGAAGAUGGGGUCACUUGUGAAAGAACUAGCCGACGGGGACCAUCACAGUUGGGUGGUGGAUGACAGACUAGCUCUCCAAGAACAUCCGGAGAGGUUGGGGAAGACUUGGCAGCGGCAAGUCAAGGAGAGGUUAGGUCAAGGGAUUUCUGACAGAAGUCCCAUCAAUCAGAAUCAAAGGAGGUUCCAGGAAAGAAGGAAGGCAUGAAUGAGGGGAGACUCGUCUAAGGGCUGCAAGAUAUGCUACAAGGUUGACUCAGUCCAACAAAAUAAAAUACGAUCAUAUUUGAACUUGCUUCCCAAGUUUACCCAUUUUUUAAAUAUAUAUAUAUAUAAACAGUUUAUCUCCAUUCCAGUAGAGAUAAGGCAAUUCUUCAAACCCUAAACUCGAAUUCGAAGAUUGUUUCUAUUGGAAUCAUUCGGUUUUCGAGUUAUUUGCUCUCUGCCUCUGCAUUGCUAUAUUUGAUUCAUCGGUUCCUUUCGAUCCUGUUGCUUGUUUACUGCUUUGCAAACUUGAUCGUUAAGGAGCUAUGUCUGGUGAUUCAAAAUCCGGAAAAUGGGAAUGUAAUGAUGCUUUGAAGGCUUGGGUCUCUGAUAGGUUACUGGCGUUGCUGGGGUUUUCCAGUCCCGAGUUCGUUGAGUUUGCCAUUGGACUAGCUAAGCAAGCGACAUCGGCUGCUGAUGUAGUAGGGAAGCUUGAAGAAUACGGCUUGGCAUUUUCCGAUGAUCUUCAUUUGUUUGCUGAAGAAAUCUUCUCCAAAGUUCCUUGGAAAGUAUCGCCAAGGAAGCAAAAGACUUACGAAAAUGAAGGUGGCACUGGUACCGGUUCGGGAAAAGCUGUGUUUGAGGACCAGAUUGAGUUUAUCAAGGAAUCCAUGUUGAAGGUUGAUGAUGAGAUGUCAAUCGAGUCACCCCAGAUUUCCAAGGCAAAAUCCGAAUUGGAGACGCUACAUGAAGACCGGAGAACGUUGCCAAUUUAUGCACAUCGAGAUAGUCUGCUUAAAGCUAUUGAAGAACAUCAGGUUCUUGUUAUCGUAGGUGAAACUGGUUCAGGGAAGACUACACAGAUACCACAAUAUCUCCAUGAAGCUGGUUAUACGAAACGUGGGAAGGUUGCUUGUACACAGCCUCGAAGAGUUGCUGCUAUGAGUGUUGCUGCUCGUGUUUCUCAAGAAAUGGAUGUCAAACUCGGUCAUGAAGUUGGUUAUUCUAUCCGUUUCGAAGAUUAUACUUCUGAAAAGACUGUUUUGAAAUAUAUGACAGAUGGUAAGCUGUUGCGAGAAUUGCUUGGCGAACCUGAUCUCGCGAGCUAUAGUGUGAUAAUGGUGGAUGAGGCUCAUGAAAGAACUGUCUCUACCGAUGUUCUUUUCGGAUUGUUGAAGGAUAUAGCACGAUUUAGAAAAGAUAUCAAAAUACUUAUUUCAAGUGCUACACCUGACGCAAGCAAGUUCAGUGAUUUUUUCGAUUGUGCUCCGAUUUAUCGAAUUCCCGGGAGACGGUAUCCUGUUGAGAUACAAUAUACAAAAGCACCAGUAGCGGAUUACUUGGAUGCUGCAAUUGUUACAGUACUUCAAAUCCAUGUGACACAACCACCCGGAGAUAUGUUGGUGUUUCUUACGGGUCAAGAAGAAAUCGAGUCUGCAGAAGAAAUUUUGAAGCAUAAGAUAAGUGGAUUUGGGUUGGAAAUUCCGAAACUUGUUAUCUGCAAAAUAUUCUCAAACCUUCCGACCGAGCUUCAAGCGAAAAUAUUUCAACCGAUUCCUAUCGGUUCACGGAAGGUAGUCUUGGCAACAAAUAUUGCAGAAGCAUCAUUAACUAUUGAUGGUAUUAAUUAUGUUAUUGAUCCAGGCUUUUGCAAGAUAGAAUCUUAUAAUCCGAGGACCGGGAUGGAGUCUUUGCAGGUAACAUCAAUCUCUAAAGCAUCCGCUAAUCAACGUGCUGGUCGGUCUGGACGAACAGGUCCUGAUUCUCGGAAUUCAGAAUUUGCUGAACUUCGAUUUUAUGGAUCCACCAUCGAAUGAGGCUCUAGUGAAAGCAUUGGAACUUUUGUUUGCAUUAGGUGCAUUGAACAAACUUGGAGAGGUGACUAAAGUUGGUCGUCAAAUGGCAGGGUUCCCUCUCGAUCCAAUGCUAUCGAAAAUGAUAGUUGCUUCCGAUAAGUAUAAAUGUUCGGAUGAAGUUAUUUCCAUUGCUGCUAUGCUUUCUGUUGGGAAUUCGAUCUUUUACCGUCCAAAAGGCGAACAAGUUCAUGCUGAUCACGCGAGGAUGAGUUUUCAUACCGGUAACGUCGGUGACCAUAUUGCUUUAAUGAAUGUUUACAAUUCCUGGAGGGAAACGAACUACUCGACACAAUGGUGUUACGAAAAUUAUGUUCAGGUUAGGAGCAUGAGGCGUGCGAGAGACAUCCGGGAUCAACUAGAGCGUCUUUUGGAGAGAGUCGAAAUCGAACUAACAGGUUGUCCUAAUGAUUUACAGGCUAUAAACAAGGCCAUUACAUCUGGAUUUUUCUCUCAUUCGGCCAGGUUGCAGAACUACGGUUCUUACCGAACUGUGAAGCAUCCGUGGAUCGUCCAUAUACAUCCAAGCUCGGGCUUAGCAGACAACUUCCCGAGAUGGGUUGUAUACCAUGAAGUAGUUCUUACCACCAAGGAAUACAUGAGAAAUGUAACUGAGCUGAAACCGGAAUGGCUGGUCGAAAUAGCCCCACAUUACUACCAAAUGAAAGACAUCAAAGAUGCCUGAUCGAAGAAAAUGCCGAAGGAACCGGGCCAAGCUACAGGGCGACCGGUGAAAACUGAUUGAUCCGAUGAAAGAACAAGAUCAUAUCCAUAUUUCAUUUUAAUCUGUUCUCUAUUCACUUCCUUUUUUUUUGAAGAAAUUACCAUUUCUUAUGAUUUUUAUGUCUUUUUUGUUCAAUAGCUGGUCGAAAUGUAACUGAGCUGAAACCGGAAUGGCUGGUCGAAAUAGCCCCACAUUACUACCAAAUGAAAGACAUCAAAGAUGCCUGAUCGAAGAAAAUGCCAAAGGAACCGGGCCAAGCUACAGGGCGACCGGUGAAAACUGAUUGAUCCGAUGAAAGAACAAGAUCAUAUCCAUAUUUCAUUUUAAUCUGUUCUCUAUUCACUUCCUUUUUUUUUUUGAAGAAAUUACCAUUUCUUAUCAUUUUUAUGUCUUUUUUGUUCAAUAUAUUAGCCUGCUUGUUCAAAAUUUCUAAUGAAUGUUUUUUAAUCCGAAACUUCUCAGAGCUGAAGCAUUAGUGAUGACUUGCAAAGAACACUGAGCAGCAUAGGGGCUAUAGUUGGUAUGUACUUUUUGGUUAAAUUGAUGUUCGAGGCCGAGUCAGAUUCAGGUUUGAUCUAUUUUGGUUAAAUUAAUUCAGUUCACUUCAAGUUUAAUCAGUUGACUGAAUUUUUGCAGAUUCGGGUUUGAUCUAUUUUGGUUAAACUAAUUCAGUUAACUGAAUUUUUGCAUAUACCCAUAGAUCGAUACAUGGUAUUAAGAGACAUUGUCCGAUUCAUGUAUGUUUUACAGAUUUGUGGCCCUUUCUCUUGAUAACAUCAUAUCUAAGAUUCAAAUUUGAGUUAUCUUAGAAAAAAUAUAAUGUACUUUAUUACUAUACUCUUAAAAUAAAUUUUAAUCCUUAUUAUUUAUCUUGAUAUGCGUUGUCAUGGAUAAUGACUAGUAUUAUAUCUAUUAUAUGUCAAAUAUGAAAUUAAAUUUAUAAUAGUUACUUAAGGUUAGUUAUGAAUCUUAAAUUAAAACAUAGGGGCCAAGAGAAAGGUCUCAUAUGCUAGUCUUUUAGGUCUAUUUAGCCCAUAUAACCCAUAGUCAUAGUCAGACAUGAACUCUAAACAUAUAGAGAAAUCAUACUAAUAAAAACCGAACUCAUCGAAUAGCCUGAUACUUCUUUCAUAUCUGAAAUAGCUCCCUACAAUGGCGGCAAAUGCGGCUAACAUGGGCA